UUAUUUUGGGCGGUCUCUCUCUCUCUCUCUCUCUCUCUCUCUCUCUCUCUCAGCAACAGGGGCUUCUGUGUUAACUGCGGCUAAAUAAGCACAGAUGAACUGUGGAGCACAUUCAGAAAAAUGUCCUGGCGAUGUGUGUGUGACUUCACAAGCCCCUCGGAGCCCGCAGGAGGAGCGCGUCGCCUCUCACACACUCUGACAUGAAGCGGGCAUGUUCCUCCGAGAGGACUCUCCUGCUCCACUGACUGCGUUUGAUCUUCAUCCUGGACCUUCAGACAGCGCGGACACCCGACAUGAGGAACCCGCAUCUGGACGGACACUGCAAGAUCCUGACCUCGGGGGACAAGAGACUGAAGCGCAGAGCGCGAGAGCCGCUCCAGCGCGUCAGUGACGAGCAUUCACCCUACUUUAAACUGUACAAGGACGCGCAUCUCAUGGCACAGACAGACGGCGGCGCGAGAGAGACGCGCGCAUCGGGGGUCUUCGCGUCAGGGGACGACGGCGCCCUGGAUAUGAGAAUUAACACCGCGGUGUCUGGAGAGCCUCCUGACUCCAAACUGAGAGCCGUCCCAGAGAACACUGUCAGUGGCAGGACCGCUCAAUCGGGCACGCGCAGCGCGCAGGUUUUUCCUCUGGAGCGAGCGUUGUCUCAGCGCGCCGCCUCUCAGGCGCCUGGCGAGAGCGCGCAGUCACCCAGGAGACGCGCCGGAGAGCCGCCGGAGAUCAAAGCCAUUCAGCAGACGCGCAGACUGCUGGCGAACGCGCGCGAGAGGACGCGCGUGCACACCAUCAGCGCAGCCUUCGAGGCGCUGCGAAAGCAGGUGCCCUGCUACUCGUACGGCCAGAAGCUCUCCAAGCUGGCUAUAUUAAGAAUCGCCUGUAACUACAUCCUGUCUCUGGCUCAGCUGGCAGACCUGGACUACUCUCCGGACCAGAGCCAGCUGAGCUUCAGGGAGUGUGUGGAGCAGUGCACCCGGACGCUGCAGGCCGAGGGACGCUCCAAGAAGAGGAAGGAAUAAAAUGAAGAACGUGUAUGUGGAGAAAGAAGGAUCUCAAUCCGUCAUCAUGAAGACACUUAUAAGUGUAAAGUGAUUUUACACUGCACUAUUGACUUUACUACAGCUAACAGAGUCAAAAACAAAACCGCUCAAGACUCUGGAUUUGCUUUUCUACAACCUUUGCACAGCAGAAACACUUUCCAAACACAGAUGAUAUAAAGUCAGUUCAUUUUCCAUUGUUACAGAAUGCUGGUUAUUUAUUUUUGUUUGUUUUGCAGUUUAACAAUCGUACACAGCUAGUUCAUGUGCAAAUUAUGUAAAAAAAAAAAGAAAAAAAAAAAAGGAAAAAAAGUCCUGCCAUGUGCAAGAAAGCACACAUUUUCUUUUCUUUUUGUAAUCCAUACAAUUAUGUUAUUCUUCAUUUUAUCAAUUGCAUUAUAAACCAUGAUAUAAAUGCAUAUAAUUCAGCACUCA